AUGGGUAGUUUCCAAAAACCACCGGUGAUGAUGAUCAUGAUGGUCUUCGUGUUGAGUUCGAUCUGGGUUGCUGUGCCAGGAGUUGAUGCAGCUCGACGACUGGAUGAGAAAAUUGUGGAGAAGGAAAGUAGGGUUUAUAAUAUUAAUGGAGAUGGUGGUGGUGGUGAUGAUGGGAUGAAGGAGAUGAAGAAUUUGCCUCCACUUCCAAACUUUCCUUUUCCACCUCAAAUUCCAUUACCUCCUUUCCCUUUCCGUCCUCCUCCGUUUCCUUUUCCUGACUUUCCCCUUCCUCCUUUCCCUUUUCCUCCCUUUCCUUUUCUUAACCCUCCUCCAGCCUAA